UCCUCCUUAAGGCUGCAGAGAGAGGCCCUGUGUGACUGUCAGUGCUCCUCUACUUCAAUUCCUCCAACUUUCUGCAUGUUUUCCUUUUCCCUUCUUCUGACACACUUAACAUGGUUCGUAGACCUUGCUUCUCAGGCAACUCAGAAAAAGUAUCUUGAGGUGCUUGUAAGGUUAAGUGUCUAGUUAAAACACUCAAGAUUAUUUUGGUCGAAGGUAAGCGUGGGUGCCACAUAGCCGUCGAGUUCUUCUUGAAGACGCAACUCAAGAAAAGGAUGCGUGGUGCAGCUUUGGCGGCUACACUGGUGAUAGAGGUGGUGGUGGUUGCCAUGACCGCUGCUGAUAUGCCAUUCAUUAACACCAAGGAUGGCCGCGUCUCAGGCAUUGUGGAGAAAUCGGUGAAAGGCAGAGAAUUUUUAUCCUUCUACGGGAUUCCCUACGCUCAGCCGCCACUAGGGAAGCUCCGAUUUAAGGAUCCCGAGUCCAACCCAGACUGGGGCACCAGAGGGGAAGCCUCCAAUCCCGCUCCGCCCUGUAUCCAGUAUUUCUCCGCAGAGGAGAGAGUGGGAAGAAAGGAAGUGUUGGGUGAGGAAGAUUGCCUGUACCUCAACGUGUUUGUGCCCAAGAUGCAGGCCGACAUGAACUUCCCGGUGAUGGUUUGGCUUCAUGGGGGAAGGUUCACCCAUGGCAGUGCCCAGGAGUACCCUCCUCACGUUCUCAUGGACCACAACAUCGUGCUGGUGGUGGUGCAGUACCGGCUGGGUGUCCUGGGUUUCCUGUCUACCGAAGAUUUGGUGAUGCCUGGGAACCUGGGCCUCAAGGACCAGACUCUGGCGCUGCGAUGGGUGAGGACCAACAUUCACCUCUUUGGCGGAGACAACACGCGGGUCACCGUCUUCAGUGAGAGUGCUGGCAGCGCCUCCGUCCACCUCCUCAUGUUCAUCCCGGAAGCUCAAGGUACUUUUUCCCGCGCUAUCCUGCAGUCUGGAACAGCAUUGACGCCCUUGACUAUCAACAAUAAUCCUUGCAAAGAGGCGCUUGAGGUGGGCAGCAGUCUUGGGUGUCCCACAGACCGAGGGAGCGAGAUGCUCCUUCAGUGCCUCCAGGAGUUGGAUGCUAAGGCUCUCUUUCCUCGUUACGAAAGCUCCAGAAGAUGGGGCGUGCUACCGCUCACCUUCACGCCCUGGGUGGACGGCCGCUUCCUGCCACGCCACCCUGCCCAAUUGAUAAGUGAGGGGCAACCCGCACAGGUGGACAUGAUAUCAGGCAUCACCCGAGACGACGGGGCUCUUUUUGCUUUGCCUGUACUGGCAAAUAAACAGUUACUGGAGGAGCUGCAGAACAAUUUUAGCGUGGCCGGACCUGCUUCGCUUCAGCUUGAGGGUAGAAGCGAGGAUCCAGAGGGCAUUACCCGUCAGUUCUACCUCCACUACUUGGGCACCACGAAUGUCACCGAGGCCCACGCUGAAGGCUUAAUGAGGAUGUUCACUGACCACCACUUCGCCGUGCCUCAUGACCGCGCCUCCGGCCACCACGCAGGGAAGAUUUACCGCUACGAACUGCAGCACUACGCCCAGCUCUCCUUCGGCCAAUUGAUCUGCCCUUCCUGCGAUAACAAGUGGGUGAGUCACGUAGACGAUCUGUAUUACUUGUUCCUCGGCGGCCCUCUCUUGUCACCACGAACUGCACCAACAGAGAGGCCCAAGGACCUACAUUUGCCAGAUGACCUCGCCCUCAGGGACAUCAUUACAACUCUGUGGACCAACUUUGCUGCCACAGGGAACCCAACCCCCGAUGGCUCUCUGGGCUUCACGUGGGAGGCCAGUACACCACAGAACCUGCAGUACCUCUCCCUCACGCCCUCGCCUUCCAUGCAGCCAGACGACCGCAAGGAGACACGCAAGUUUCACAACUCUCUUCCUAUCCAGGAAAAUGUUAUGCUUCAAGAUUCCGCACAUCCUUCACACUGUGAAUUGUGAUUUAGCAACCCCUUACUAAAUGCAAACAGUAACAAACAAUCUGCAAUAUAC